AUGUUUUCAAGGCUCAACCUCGACGCGCGUGACAUGACCGCGCUCUCCGGUGCCGACACCGUCGGGAUGGCCGACUGCAUGCACUACAGCGACCGCGUCUACGGCGCCGACCGCGAUGAGGAGAUCGACCCAUACUUUGCACAGACCAUGAAGCAGUCGUGCCAGGGUCCUUCUGGUAAGGCGCCGUUUGACAUGCAGACUCCAAUGAGGUUCGACAACGCUUACUACCGCAACCUUAUCGCGCGGCGCGGUCUCCUCACCUCCUACCAGACUCUCUACGGUGGUGGAGGUCCGCAGGACAAUCUCGUGGAGAUGUACAGCGCCGACGGUGAGGCGUUCGCGAGGGACUUUGCCAAGACCAUGGUGAAGAUGGGAAACGUGCCUCCGCCCAUGGGAAUGCCCGUGGAGGUGAGGCUCAAGUGCUCCACGGCCAACUAUUGA